UGCUAACCAGUCCACUCGUACACAUAAAAGGAUUAGGAAACCUAGCUAGCUAGCUAUAAAACAUUUAAAACAGGGGGAGGCGACAAAUAAGGAAAACAAAGGAGUUUAUAAUCCAACGGGACAUAGCUACAUUUCCGUUAGCUGUUCAAGCACAUCGGUGGAGAGUGAAAAGAUCGAGUUUGUAAGGUAGGACUGUGCACUCGCUGCUUGGUCGACCACGGUAACUCACCACCAUGCCGUUCCCCUUUGGCAAGUCCCACAAGUCGCCGGCAGACAUCGUCAAGAACCUGAAGGACAGCAUGACGGUGUUGGAGAAACAUGACAUCUCUGACAAGAAGGCUGAGAAGGCCACAGAGGAGGUGUCUAAGAGCUUGGUGGCGAUGAAGGAGAUUCUGUAUGGCACCAAUGAGAAGGAGCCCCAGACAGAGGCGGUGGCCCAGCUGGCCCAGGAGCUCUACAACAGCGGCCUGCUCAGCACCCUCGUAGCUGACCUGCAGCUCAUCGACUUUGAGGGUAAGAAGGAUGUGGCUCAGAUCUUCAACAACAUUCUGAGACGUCAGAUCGGGACGCGGACGCCCACAGUGGAGUACCUCUGCACUCAGCAGAACAUCCUCUUCAUGCUGCUCAAAGGGUACGAGUCUCCAGAGAUCGCUCUGAACUGUGGCAUCAUGCUGAGGGAGUGUAUCAGGCACGAGCCACUGGCCAAGAUCACCCUGGGGGCCGAGCAGUUCUACGACUUCUUCAGAUACGUGGAGAUGUCCACGUUCGACAUCGCUUCAGACGCAUUCGCCACUUUUAAAGACUUGCUAACGAGACACAAGAUUCUGAGUGCAGAGUUCCUGGAGCAGCAUUACGACAGGUUCUUCAGUGAAUAUGAGAAGUUACUCCACUCAGAGAACUACGUGACUAAAAGGCAGUCCCUCAAGUUGCUGGGAGAGCUUCUUCUCGAUCGACACAAUUUCACCAUCAUGACGAAAUACAUCAGCAAGCCAGAGAACCUCAAGCUAAUGAUGAACCUUCUUCGGGACAAAAGCCGCAACAUCCAGUUUGAGGCCUUCCACGUCUUCAAGGUGUUUGUGGCCAACCCCAACAAGACACAGCCCAUCUUGGACAUUCUUCUGAAGAACCAGACCAAACUCAUCGAGUUCCUCUCCAAGUUCCAGAACGACAGGACGGAGGACGAACAGUUCAACGAUGAAAAGACGUAUCUGGUCAAACAGAUCAAAGAUCUGAAGAGGCCAGCCCCCCAGGAGGCCUGAGGGAGGGGCUUAAGGUGUCCAGACAACAUCUGGAUAACAGACAUGUCAGCAGCUGCUGCUGUUCUAGUUUUUCCACCAUUUGAGGAAACGAAACAAAAAAAAAUGCACCCACAUCAAGUCAUCAGGAAUUCUCCAGCUCAUUCUGCUGUUCAACACAACGGACAUUAGAUUUUUCUUCUGAUUUUAUUUUUCUCCUUUAAAAAGAAGAGCUGAACAUAAUAGAUGCUGCACAUUAAGACAUGUGGAAGAGUAACAUCAACAACACAACAAAGGUCAUUCAAGCAAAUAGUAACAAUGAAAUCUACUACAUCUGAGCGCUAUGCAGACGUCUGACGCACACACACAUAAUGCUAUAAUAUCAGCAUAAAACUUGAGAUGGCAAGGUACUAGCAGAGUGAACAUUGGGGUGUUGGUUGCAUGCCUUGUUCAAAUGUGACAGCUCCAUGGCUGUGCUUGGGGCUAAACGCUGGCUGAGAGAUUACAUCUCCAGUCUUGCCCUGUCUACUUAUUGCCACAGACGGCAAAAAGCACAUACCAGCUACAACUCUUUAUCUAUGCCUUCAUCGUGCCCAACAGUGAUGCAUUUUAAAAUGGGCUCUCAAAUGGCCUCACCGAACCAUGCAGCUAUUGGUGUUGUGAAACAGCACAAAGCAGAUGGUAUGGAUAAAAUGCUAGAUAUUAUUUCGGUACAUGCCUGAAUUGGGUUUCUUUUUUUGUUCUGGGAAAGGGUGAAUGUGUACAUAUGCCAUUAGUGUUUUUUUGCUUUGUAGAUUUUGUUGAAACAUUGACACAUGGCUAUACAGUACUAGUUAAAAAUGGACACCUACUCAUUCAAGGGUUUUUCUUUAUUUGUGCUAUUUUCUACAUUGUAGAAUAAUAGUGAAGACAAAUUAUGAAAUAACAUAUGGAAUCAUGCAGUAACCAAAAGUCUUAAUUUUAGAUUCUUCAAAGUAGCCACCCUUUGCCUUGACAGCUUUACACACUCUUGGCAUUCUCUCAACCAGCUUCACCUGGAUUGCUUUUCCAAUGGUCUUGAAGGAGUUCUCACAUGCUGAGCACUUGUUGGCUGCUUUUCCUUCAUUCUGUGGUCCAACUCUUCCUACCCAUCUCAAUUGGGUUAAGGUUGGGUGAUUGUGGAGGCCAGGUCAACUGAUGCAGCACUCCAUCACUCUCCUUGGUCAAAUAGCCCUUACACAGCCUGGAGGUGUGUUGGGUCAUUGUCCUGUUGAAAAACAAAUGAUAGUCCCACUAAGCGCGAACCAGAUGGGAUGGCGUAUCGCUGCAGAAUGCUGUGGUAGCCAUGCUGAUUAAGUGUGCCUUGAAUUCUAAAUAAAUCACUGUCACCAGCAAAGCACCCCCAACUCAUCACACAACCUCCAUGCUUCACGGUGGGAACCACACAUGUGGAGAUCAUCCGUUCACCUACUCUGCGUCUCACAAAGACAUGGCGGUUGGAACCAAACAUCUUUAAUAUGUACUCCUCAGACCAAAGGACAGAUUUCCACCGGUUUAAUGUCCAUUGCUUGUGUUUCUUGGCCCAAGCAAGUCUCUUUCUUAUUGGUGACCUUUAGUGGUUUCUUUGCAGCAAUUCAUCCAUGAAGGCCUGAUUCACGCAUCUCCUCUGAACAGUUGUUGAUGUGUCAGUGUUACUUGAACUCUGACACAUUUAUUUGGGCUGCAAUUUCUGAGUCUGGUAACUCUAAUGAUCUUAUCCUCUGCUGCAGAGGUAACUGGGUCUCCCUUUCCUGUGGUGGUCCUCGUGAGAGCCAGUUUCAUCAUUAGCUACAAGUGCUACUGCACUUGAAGAAACGUUCUAUUUUUUUUUAAAUUCUCCGUAUUGUCUGACCUAAAUGUCUUUAAAAGUAAUGAUGGACUGUUUCUCUCUGCUUAUUUGAGCUGUUCUUGCCAUAAUAUGUACAUAGUCUUUUACCAAAUAGGGUUAGGGGUCUGUAUCUUCUGUAUACCAUCCCUACCUUGUCACAAUAGAACUGAUUGGCUAAAAUGCAUUAAGAAGGAAAUUCCACAAAAUAACUUUUUUUUUAAAGGAACACCUGUUAAUUGAAGUGCAUUCCAGGUGACUACCUCAUGAAGCUGGUUGAGAGAGUGCAAAGCUGUGAAGGCCAAUGGUGGCUACUUUGAAGAAUCUCUAAAAUAUUAAUUUGUGUAACACUUUUGGUUACUACAUGAUUCCAUGUGUUAUUUCAUAGUUUUGAUGUCUUCACUAUUAUUCUACAAUGUAGAAAAUAGUAAAACUAAAGAAAACCCCUUGAAUUAGUAGGUGUCAAUUUUUGACUGGUGCUGUGUAUAUAUAUUUGACUUUAAAUCAACAGUUUUUUUUUUUUGUUUAAUUCUAAUCAAGUACAUUUUUAAAACGGUGACAGGGGUAAAAAUCAGACAUUAUGUGUUUCAUUUUACUUCUGAAUUUAAAUGGUUUUUAUUUGUACAUAACUUCCAGCCAGGGCCAGCUCUUACAUUGUUAACCAUUAAUAAUAAUUAGUACAGCUGAGGAAUGUCAUGGUAUUAGCCUGGAUCUCUUCUUAAUCCUCUUUUUCCGUCUGUAUUUAAGUAACUCAGUUCAAAUGUGCUGGGUGCCAGGACAGUGGGGUGGAGGGGAGGCCGGCCGGGAGGGGAAGAGUUCUAACGGAAACAUGACAUUUGUGCUGAGCAGCCAGGCAAUGGUCACAUCAACCAAUGGUUGCGUGCUAUGUCAUCAACUGUCAUUGGCUGACAGAUUGCUAUAACAUGAUGGGGUUAGCUGAUAUGUAAAAUAUCUAUCCAGGCGUUUAAGAUCUGGCAGGCUUCAGCAACGCUUGGGCAGAGGAACACACCCUUCAUCUCCCAACUGGAAUCUGAUCUGGGUGUUUGUGUGGAUUUCAGGGUAUCGCAACAUUCUCACCCCCACUCAUCCACUCGGGUUUAUUAUUAUAUUCUAACUUCACCGCUUUCUGGUGGUGUUGCAACAUUCUGAUUUUACCCCCCCAUUUCAUUGGGGUUAAAAUUCCAGUACAAUCACAGAGCAUUGUGUAUGUUAUUUGGAGAUUGUUUACUUUACACUGACUGAGCAAAUCUGCCAUUUCGAAGCACAGUAUUUAUUUGAGGGAUGGAGUUGAUUGGAUUAUAUGAAUAUCUUGCAUAUAUAUCACUCAACAGACAUGUUUAAUUGCAGUGAAGGAAAUGGUCAGAGAGUGAUGUUGAGCCGAGUGCUUUUGACUGAACGCUCAUCCAUAUAUCCCAAUAGACGACUGAUCAGCCAUUUCAUUGUGCAAACCAACAGAGAACAGUACGCUAAAGACCAGUAUUCCUCAAUGCAUAUUUAAAUUGCAUGUUUCUCUACUGGCUGCAUGGUACUCUACAUACAAUGUUGUGCUGGAAUUUUCUUCCAAAAAAAUUAUUUACAUUUGAGAAUAGCCAAAUAAUCUCAUGCUAUGUCUGACCUCCUAACCUUUGACUCCAGUCCCAGCACAUUGUGUAUGGGUGCUUUCAGAAGUGUCAAAGGCUCUACAAUCUAAACAGAAAUAAAGGAAAAACAUUUGGAAUAAAUUGAA